UCCAGAAUCCACUUGCCCAGCGAGCGCCAAAAACCCCCUCCCCAUUCGAAAAUGGAUACGACGAUUCAAACCCCCAAUUCGACUCAUCUUCACUCCCUUCCUCUCUUCCCCCCAAAUGGAACGUCCAAAACGAAGGCAUUAAGAUCUCCUCCCCACUACAAUGCCAAUGGAGAAGCGUCUCCGCUCCUCCUCCUCUUCCCCCUCCGCCGAGGACCUCCUUUCCUCUGCCCCCUCCCUCCCCAAAUCCGCCCUCAAGUCCCUAAUCUUGUCCAUCUCCCCCUCCUCCCCCCUCUCCUCAACCCUUCCCCCUGCCCUCCUCCUCUCCGUCUCCCGCUCCCUCGCCGCCUUCAAGUCUUCCCUCCACCCCUCCUCCGCCGCUCGCCCCUCCCUCUCACCCCCCUCCAAGCGCUCCCGCCGUUCCUCCCGUCACCGCCGAUCUCCUGCCGCCGGCCCCGCUGCCUCAUCCUCUGAAGCAGACCACCUCGAGAACCUCCGCGCCUACGCCUACGUCGCCCACCUCUGCAUCUCCCAUCCAAAGAAGCUCUUUUCCCCUGCCGAUCUCCUCCCCGCUGCCCAGUCCCUCCACGAUGGUCUCGUCCUCUACGAGAUGGACUCCGCCCUCCUGUCCCAGGUUGCCGCCCUCUGCGAGGAGUGGUGGAAGGAGAAGCUCCCCGGGAGGGAGAAUUUGAUCUCUCAGUCACUCCCUUUCUUGCUCUCAAGGUCGCUGACGCAGGGCAAGAAGGCUGAUGUUCGAAGGGUCUGCGCUCUCCGGGAUGCCUUCUCGCUGUUCGAUUAUGUGGAUGACAGCAUUGAGGACUUGAGGCUUCUCCUCGUCCGCUGUGUCAUCACGCCGGUGUAUUUGAAGACGGAGGAGGGUCGGCGGUUUCUCGCCUUUAUGCUGGGGUUGAAUGGGCAGCUCACAAAGGAAGCUCUUGCCUUGAUGAGGUCUCAGAUUCCUUUUGGGAAGAAGUCGGUGCUGGAAGCUUAUGCUGAUAUCCUCUUCAAGGCGUGGAGGCUGGAGGAUUCGUUGAGGGAGGAAAUUGAGGAUGGUUUCCUGCAGGGACUGGUAGAAGGAGCCAUUCAUGCAAGUUCCAAAUCGCUUGCAGCCUCUAUCCGGAGGGUUUUAGGUAGUUUUAUUGAGCAGAGGGCGACUGCUGGUGUUGAGAAGCUUCUCUUUCGUCUUGUAGAGCCUUUGCUGUUUCGGGCACUGCAGGUUGCCAACUCCAAUGUUCGUCAAAAUGCAUUGCAUCUGCUCUUAGAUAUGUUCCCACUUGAAGAUCCAGAUGUCACAAAAGAAGUUAAAGAUGCCUUGCUUAAUAAACAGUUCUUUUUAUUAGAUAAAUUGCUUCUAGAUGACUGUCCUGAAGUGAGGACAGUUGCAGUUGAGGGUUCAUGUCGCAUCCUUAAUCUAUUUUGGGAAGUUAUUCCUUCAUCAAUGAUAACUAAGUUUUUGGCCAGCAUUAUCGAUAACAUGUCGCAUGAUAUGUGCAAUGAGGUAAGACUGUCAACAGUGAAUGGUAUUAUAUAUUUGCUUGACAAUCCACAGAGCCAUGAAAUAAUGAAAAUACUCCUCCCAAGAUUGGGUUGCAUGUUUUCGGAUCCCGUACUCUCUGUUCGAGUGGCUGUUGUUGAUCUUCUUUUAGCCAUUCGAGAUAUUCGUACUUUCCAAUUCAAUAAGGUGGUGAGUUUAGAUGCUUUAUUAUCUUCACUUGCAAAUGAUCACCCACGUGUUGCUCAAAAAAUCACAAGGCUUCUCAUUCCAUCUUACUUUCCUUCAAAGUUGAAUUUGAAAGAGGCAUGUAGUCGUUGCAUUUCACUAAUAAAAAGGUCUCCAACUGCCGGGGCAAGGUUCUGUGAAUUUGCUGUGACAGAGGGAUCAUCCUCAAGGUCUCUCACGGAACUUCUCAGAAUCUCUACCAGUUUAGCUCUUUCACCUAAGGGUCUUGAUCUAGAUCAGAUUGAUGGCUUACUGAUUGCUUCAGCCAAUAUAUGCCAGAGUCUAUCCAGUGAGUUGUCUAGUAAAGCAACUCUCAACCAGUUGUUGUCAACAGAGAAGUUGAAGGGUUUGUUUGCUGCAGCAUCUUCUGAGCAUGCCCAGGCUGCUCUCUUAAGCCUUGCUUCUGUUGUUUCCCUAGAUAAUUUGGUGGGACUACAUGAUCAUUGCAUGACUAUUAUAGUGAGCUCAGUUGGGCUCUCUGAUAAUCUACAGAAGCAAGAAGUAGUACAGGCAGCUCACAAGUUGAUGUUUUCUUGUGGUUGGUUUGAUGAAUUGUUUGAAGUUUUGACAAAUAAAUUGCAAGUUAUUGCUUCUAAGUUUCUUAACAAAUUUGGAUUGGCAGCUGCAUCAUAUAUGAAGAAGAAAAAAGCAAAUGUACUACUAAAAACUUCAAUGGGAACAAGUUGUGCAAAUCAAAAAGGAUCAUCAAAUUCUGUCAUGUCAAAUUUCGAGGAAGAAUUUUCUGUUGCUGCUGCAGCAGCAUGGCAAGUGAAAAAACUGCUUACCAGUGACGAUACUCGAAAUGAUGUGCUAAAAUCUCCAAAUCUAGAAAUGGCAUUCUCUGCUAUGAGAAUCAUUUCUCAGGUAUGUAUUGAACAAUGUGUGCACCGGGAGCUCUUUGACAUAGCACCUGUCUUGGCCUAUACAGCUUUUGCAUUAUACAUGUCACUUCAAAAUGUUGAUUCCACUGUUAACAGCAAUCUUAGUCAUGAAAAUAGCUUACGCCAAACAAGCUCAUCUCCAGAAGUAUUAUUGGACAAUCCAUUGAAGCACCUACUCAACUGUGCUGAUAAACUCUUUUCUGAAUCCGCUAAUGAAAAUUCUAGUGAUCAGCCCUCCAAGUUCAAUCAUGAAGAGAAAGUUGCAAUGCGCCGCAAAUCCAAGCGGAAGGCAGCUCUAGAUGGCACAUUAAACCAAACCAAAGGUGAUGAGCUCAAAACUGAUAUUCCUGAAGCUAGAAGGCUACAAAAUACGAUGAAAUUGGUCACGUCAAUUCUUCAGUUUGUUGUUGAUGCUGCAACCAUGAGCCUUGUUGACCAAAACCAGGGAAGGUGCGUGAUGUUUGCAUCAUCUUAUGCUAGAUAUGUUGUCUCAGCCAUUGGAAGGCAUCGGCAACAAAAGCCACCAUUAAAGGAAGAUGAUCUAAAAGAGAUGCUUACAUAUCUAAAAAGCUCCUUCACUUACGCUGCCAAGUUACUCCAUUUAGUGCUCAGAAAUUCUAGUGAAACUUCAGCACCACCACCGGAAGCAUUCUACCUUGCCAAUGAUCUUCUUGACCUUGUCACAUCCAUCGAAUCAUAUCUAGGCUUAAAGUAUGCAUUCCAUAUUGUUUCUGUUGCCAAGCCAUGGCUGCCUGUUCUUAUACUAGGCUUAGGCUGCAACCAACUGAUUAAGGUGACAGAGAAAGGUGGCAAUUCAAACUUAGGUGAUAUUAUUGGGCUUAAUUUUCCAGUAUGGCUUUCUGUUCUGGGCAAGACUGAGUUAUAUGCAGUUAAUGAAAUUAGCCAAGAUGUGGAGGGCAAUCAUCUUCCUGCAUUGGAGCCUUCAGUAUUUAGAAAGCUUACAGAGAUGUUGGUGAUCCUUCUAAAGAAGGGAAGCCCAAAAAUAUUGGACGCUGUGGGCUGUGUCUUCUUGGCAGGUCUGGAGGUUGGGCUGGAAAAAGCAGACUUUGACUUGGUCUUAGGCCUGGUCCAUUUUACAUGUGUGAAGUUGUUGGAUAAAGAAAAUGCUUGCUUGGAAGAACUUCAACUUAUGUCCAGCUCUUUACAAGAGAUCUAUCUAAAAAUAGAGAGAGACCUUCAGGGCCAUCACAGCAUUGAUGAUGGAAAGCACCAGCUAGAAAGUGCCAGAACACUUAUAAGAUCUGUUUUAACUCAUUCUAGAUAAAGAGCUGCCGCCACCAUGAUAUGACAAAAUAAAAUUACUGGAGUAGAAGCGUCAAAUAUCAAAGCUUUUGGGCUGAAAACUUGGUAGUCCUGCCUUAAGAGUAGAGGGAAAGAGCAAAACUUGAGGUCUUGUGAGAGUAACAGCAUUUGUAAAGGUAAUGAAGUACUUUAGUAGUUUUACAGCUGAUCCAUAUAUCCUUUAAUCGUGUUGACUAUAAUACGUUACUCAUGAUAUAUCAGGAACAGCAGGUUCUGAUUCCAAUACCAUAGGUUCAUUCCAUACUAUCUGCAUCUUU